AUGACACGAUCAGUCAAUAGCAUCACUCUUGCUGCGGCCUUCUUGUACGCCUGGUUCCCCGGAUCGGUGUUCUCUGAGAAAGACUUUGCAUUUGACAUCAGUCUCGAUGUCGACGACGUGGAAGUCGUUUUUGGCACUACUUCAUCAGGAAGCAAACAAUUGCAGUUCGCACUUGACUAUGAUUACUCUGGUCCGUUGCCUGUCAAUGAGCCGAUGGUGAACUUUGGGUUUGACAUACGCAAGUCCGAUUGCUUCUCCGAGCCUCUUGAAACGCCUGAUCCCGUCCAACUGGCCACGCUCGACGAUGUGGCAUUUGACACGAGCGUCUCUGGAAAGGUCAGCGUUCGUCUGGAUCUCAACUUGGGUGUCAUUGCACAAUCCAGCCUAUGGAGCCAAGACGAUGAAGCUAUGGGCACCAUUGCAUUCUGUGGACGUUUCAACGUUCAAUACGACGAUGUGCUCGUGAACUUGCACGAAGCCGUUGUCACCACAGAGAUUGACUUGACCCAAGGCGAUGGCUUUGCCGCGUUUUCCCUGCAACUCCACCGUGCCGACACCAGCAUGGCUGAAAAGGAAGCCCAAAUCACGGUGUACCAUGGUGAUGAAGCAGGGGAAGCGGUGGCAGCGCCAGAUUCAAUUUUGCAAGGCGAACCCUUACGACUUUGCGUCAAGACUGCAGUUGGUGCACUCAGCAACACGAAUGUGUACGUUCAAAACAUUGAGGAAUUGACUUGGUCGGCCUCAACCACACCUGCAACUUCCUUCAGCCCAGUUUUGGAAGGGACUGCGAGGGGCAUGAGUGUUCUUGAAUGCGCCCAAAAACCUGGUGUUUGCUGCGUUCAGUUCUUUGUGGGUGCGUCGACCUUUCUUAUGUUUGAGGACACCGCGGAGCUUACCAUUACGGGGUCUGUCGCUCUUGCAUUGGGCGAGGAUGACUCCCGGCGCCAACUUGCGAACAAGCGAUUGUUGGAGGACCUGAGCAACGACGACCCUGAGUUUAGUGAAUUCCAACACCACGCUGGAGUCUUGAAACGAGAAAGCAAAUCAAGCGCGGGAGGUCCGAGCUUUUUCUUUGGACUUGAGGUGACCCUCCUUGUCAUGUAUUUCUUUGCUUAG